AUGUCGGACCGGCCGCGGUACCACGUGACGCCGCGGCGGGCGCUCCGCGCGCGGGCGGAAGCGGAGGGGGCCGGUCCCGGUCCCGCCCCGCGGGAAGGGAGCCCCGCGGAGCCGCCCCCGCCGCCGCGGGAAGGCGGCAGCUGCGAACACGCGGCUGGUGCGCUGGGAAGGCUGUCAGGCCCGAGCCUCGAACGGGCUUCAGCUGAGCUGCGCGGCCUCGCCCCUCACCUGUUUCUCGUUUCAGGGGACGAGUUUCACUUUGGGACCCCAGACUCCCUGACGCGACCCCCUAUAAAAGCGUAUAGAUCGCCAGGUGGUUCUACAGUUUACUCUGAAGAGACUCCAGUAAAGGAAAAAACAAAGGUUUAUGACAGUAAUGAAAUCAAGAAACCGGCAGGGCGACCAAACGUUUAUACAUCAAAAGAAAUAAAGGCUGACUUCCCUGAGAAAAAGCAAGAGCACUUCUCAACUUUUACACCACAGAGCAGAAGUAAAUAUCAGUAUCAGUCCAGUGUGGGGAAGCAGUCACAGCCUUUGGCUAAAAAUGACGGUGAACCGCAGAGUGGGUUUCACAAAGGCCAGACUUUUUUACUGGUUCUGUUAAUUAGUGUCCCGUUGCUUUAUGUCUUCUGGAGCGGAAUUCCAGGUCUUCUAUAUGGGACUUCAAGCAGAGAUGCUGAAAUUCUGCAAACGUUUCGGGCCCGGAUGAAGGAACUGAAAAAUACUUACCAAAGUCAGGACCCCAAUCUGUGGAGAAGAGCCCGCGUGUUCCUUGAGAAACGUCUUAACACUUCCCAUCUGCACCUGGAGCCGGCUAUCCUGCUCUUCACAGCUGGCCGGGAAGCUGAGAAGGCACUGAGGUGCCUGAGUAAUGAGAUUGCUGAUGCUUUUGCCUUCUCCCAGAACGCUACCACCAUCCAGAUCGAUGGGGUGGACAAGGCCCUGUUGGACAGCGACGACGUCAAGGUGGAGGUGGAUAAAGAGCUCAGCUCUGGGUUCAGUAAAGGCAAGAAGGUGGCAGUGGUGCAUCGAUUCGAGUCACUGCCUGCAGGCUCCACCCUGAUCUUUUACAAGUACUGUGACCACGAAAACGCGGCGUUUAAGGACGUGGCCCUUCUGCUGACGGUUCUCCUGGACGAGCAGUCUCUGGGAAAGAGCCUCACCUUUCAAGAAGUGGAGGAGAAGGUCCGGGAUUUCCUCCAGGCGAAGUUCAUCAGCUCAGAUGUUCCUAGUUCUUAUAAUGGCAUGGACACAGAUAAGCUGAGUGGACUGUGGAGCCGGAUAUCUCAUCUCGUGCUGCCUGUUUGGCCAGAAAAGGGCCUCCCUGUGGAGGGAUGCACAUAAGAGUUACUGGAGAGGACUCAGGAAAGGAGGAAGACACAAAAUGUACGUUGCAGUGGCUGAACAGGGAAGAACUUGCUGCUGCUGAGCUCAGACAGCGGUGUAAAAGUCCUUUCUGUGCAGAGACAUUCCACCAGCUGGUGGGGUUGUUUCUGCUAAAGUAACUGGGACUUCUCUAAAUAAACUACAGAGUGUAAGCAAUGAACUUGCUGGUUGUUGGUAAGUUGUGUUCAGUGACGUGUCCAGCCUUGCUGUCCUGGAGCUGGGCGUAAGUGUCCCUCAGUGCAGAAUCACUCUUCUGCCUGUGGAGCUGACUUGAUGCACUGUUGGCUUUGCUCUGAGGAUCCUUUUCUGGUGGUGCAUAAAGCUGGUGUUUCAUUUGACAAGGUAACAGAGUGCAAAAAUAUCACCUUCAUCUACCAGAGAUGCUGAAAAUGAUGAUAAAGUGAUGUAAGCACAAGCUUUUUCUUGAUCCAUCUGAUCACAACAUAUAUGUCAGCUGUUUCAGGCCACUUCUAGAAGUGGCAAAAUUGCUUGAAAAAUCUGUGGCUUGCAGAGAACCUUCCAGCAAGCAUUUUUCCCUUAAACGAGCCUUCCCUAAACAGUUCUGGAGAGUGAGAAAAGCUGAGGUACAAAGGCUUGCUUAAGGUUGGUAGUACUGACAUCAGCUAAAUAAUCCCUCAGCACCUCUUUGCCUGGCUCCUUCCAGGAAUUCUCUACUCUUUGUCAAAGUUCUGCAAGUCUUAAAAUCUGGAGGGAAACGAUAAAAUGUCAGCCCUGUGUGUGUACUGUCUCCUUUCCAAACAAAAUUUUAGGAAGACGUAGAUUAUUUCUCGUUUUACUAAGAUCGUUAUUUUUGCAUCCAGAGAACUUAUUUAUUUGUGGUACUUGGUAUCCCAGAAAAGUAACCAUUCUUCUCGUAUCUGUGUAUAACCUGCAGCUUGCUGUAUAACCUUCUAGCAAAGAACAGAUUUGCAAUGCCUGGUUUUAAAAUGUUUUUUUAGUCUCUCAUGUCAAGAAUUCCUCACACCAGAUUAAAAACAAAAACAUGUACCUGUUUCUAUUGUAAGUACUUUGUGUAAAAAAAAAAAAAAAAGAGAAUUGCAGCACUUCCAUUUCAUUCCUGUUACUUUAUGCUCUCAGCUAUUGGUCCAUUGGUCCAUGUACAUUUGGUUUUAUUGAGUAUGAAGGAGCAUGUAAAGAUCCUCUCACAUUAAUAGCAUGUUUUCUUGUAACAGCUGAGAGAUUGGGCCCCUUGAGCUGUCCUGUUGCAAAAAAUCCUUUCUAAUCAGGAAAAACAAUCUAUUGAGGAGCUGGAGCUUCUGGCUUCUUUGUUCAAGGAAAGGUUGAGGAUGUUAAGUGAAUGGACCAAAAUCACCUGAAGCAUAUCAAGGAACACAGUUUGAGAGACACAGAGCUGUGGUCACUUGAACUAGAUGUGGAUUUGUUCUAACCACUGGGAGCCAGCAAUGGAUAGGGCUUCCUAUUUUAAUGGGAGAAAUAAAACCAGUUAAAAGACAUGGAAGUGCUGUUGUUCUGGAUGUUUAAGAAUAGCUCAGGAAGGAAAAGAUGGCAUUUACAUUUUGAACAUUUCACUGGACAAAUGUUUUUUUUAAAAAAAGCAACAACUGUGAUUUAUUUCCAAAUGUGUCCUGAUAGCAUAUUUGUUUGUAUAUUAUGGAAACUAUUUUAGUAAUGAUUCAAAAUAAAUAUACUGGUUUGUUUUAUAA